CACAAGGGACGCAAGGCCGAUUGUCCUUUUGCAUGCACCUACCCCGGGUGCACCGGGUCUCCGACGGGCGGCGCGUCGAGAUAUCAGCAGAAAUGUGGCCUCAACCGCCACAUCAUGUCCGAGCACUGGGGUGUGCCGGCGCCUUGCUCCUGGCCAGGCUGUAGCAAGACUUUCGCGCGGGAAGACGAGGUGAAGCGGCAU